UAUGUGACGAGCCACAAAAGUUUUUUGCGGAACAUUUUUUGUGUACAUUUUAAGCGUUUUUCGAGCGCACAAAAAUUGAUUAUAGCCUUGCAAUUGUAAAUUUUAGGCAUUUGCCUGUGUUUAAUUAAAGUGCGGUCGAUUGUGCACAACGUGAAAGGUGCAUUGAUUGCCAAGCGAAUUUACCCCAAAUUCGCGUUCGGGUGAAAUUUCAAUGAACUGAGAAAACAAAGACAGACACACACACACAGUGGAAGCAGAGCAAAAAGCAGCAGCAGAAGAAGCAGAGGCAACAGCGCAAUAGCGAACAAUUAUUUACUUACAAACAUAUUAUACAUAAGUGGAAGCAAAACAAUUCAUAAACCUAUAAAACAUUUCGAAACACCAACUAAAACGCGUACACUCAAGUUUUACACAACUGUGGCCCCUAAAGCAGAAAUCCAACUUGUUUAAUCGCCGCCGCUUUUCUGCAAAGGCAAAGAAAGGAACGCAUGUAAAAAAAAGAAAAAGAAGAAAAAACCUUCGGUACUUCUUCCUUCUUUCUCGGGCAAGUACGACGAAGUAAAGUUCACCAUCACAUUGUUAUAGACAGCGCGUGUGUGUGCUUACAUCCAUAUAUAUAUACAUAUUUAUAUAUAUGAAAUAUACAUAGGGACGACAAGGCGCGGAAAAAUACCAACUAACCUCUUCGCCACACCGCACUUUGCGCAUCAUUAUUCUAUAUCGACGGCAUCGACGUGGGUGUAUGUGUUAAUGCGUAUGCGUGAGCGUGUAUCCUAAAUGUACUGUUGUGUGAGAGUGCCAUUUAUUUGUAACUGUUAAAACAACAUCAAGUGAUCUAAAAAGCAUUCGGAAUUAAAAUUUAACGUUAACAUAAACAACCUCAGUUGUUAAUACUGCAGCUGGGGCAAAUAAACGGCGCUAGGACGACGACGACGGCAGCGCGUCUUUGUCAGCAACAAAAAAAAGUCCCAGUCGCUUUGGAAUGUUAAAUGCGGUGAGAACAAAACAUUCAGUGUAUGUUGUUGGUAGUAGCAGAAGUUGGCAAACAGCAGUAGCAGUAACAGUGGAAUCAGCAUUAUCAUCCAACGUUCAUUUAGAUUAUGGCGAAUUUAAAUUUUCAACAACCCCCGAGAAGCAUAGCAAACGCAGCUUUAACGGGCCGAACAACAGGCGGCUUUGGUGGUAGCUCUAUGUCUGGUCAUGUAACACCUACGUCCGGCAUGUUUCAAACCGCAGAUUUCGCCACCUCCUAUCCAGGCGCCACGAAUUACGGUCAACAAACACAACAACCGCAACAGUUAUCGCCAAAUCGUAAUGCGCAGUUAUCGGUCGGCGGUCCCGCCUUAUCGAGUGGCAAUCGAACUUCGAAUCUGUUUGGCCAGCGGCCGUUUGUGGAGCGUCGUGCCAUGCAGGGUUUGGGCAGCGGGCCCAUGUCGAACAUGGGCAACUUUAUGCAGUCCGGCCGCGGCGGCUAUGGAACAGGUGGCGGGGGCGGUGGGGGUGGUCCUUUAAAUAACUUUCACGUGUUCGGUGGUGGUGGCAGUGGGGCUGACGCAUCAACGCCAGCGCUGCUCGAUCCAACAGAGUUUCCAUCCCUAACGAAUGCACGCGGUCAGAAUGAUCAAACACUGCCCCAAUCGAAUCCCCUCCAGCCGCCGGGCAGCAAACCCUACGGUAAUUUCUUUACCUCUUUCGGCAUGGUGAAACAACCGACGUCGGAGCAGUCGGAAUUUACGAUGUCUAACGAAGACUUUCCAGCGUUACCGGGCACCCAGAAUUCGGAUGGCACAACGAACGCGAUAGGCAGCAGCAGCGGUGGCAUUGGAAACGCGGCUGGUGGCGGCGGCAUUGGUGGCAGUGGCAUUGCAGAGAACAAUCUCGAUGGCACGGAAAAGACGAUGAAUUCCAUUGUGGUCAGCGGCGCAGGUUCAAGUGCCGCUAGUGCAGUUGUUGGGGGCAAUGGGCUUGGUGCCGUUGGCAGUGGACUUGGCGGUGUUGUUGUUGGAGGUGGCGGCGGCAGUAGUGGAGCAAGUGGAGUUGGUAGCGCUACGCAUGUAGGGCUAGUUGGCUCUGGCGGAGGCGGCGGUGGUGUCAAUAGCGUCACCGGGCAAAAUGCUAUGAUGGGCGUUGGCGGAGGACUUGGCAGCGGAGCUGGCGGCGACCAUAUGAACGAUAAUUCCAGCAAUGAUAAGCUUGUGAAAAGCGGCGUACAAACAUCGCCAGAUGGCAAGGUCACAAAUAUACCAGCGAGCAUGGUCAACAAUCAGUUUGGCAUGGUAGGUCUGCUGACAUUCAUAAGAGCAGCCGAAACGGAUCCCAAUCUGGUGACAUUAUCGUUGGGCACGGACUUAACGGGCCUGGGACUAAAUCUAAAUUCACAAGAGAGUUUGCAUCCAACAUUCGCUGGACCGUUCGUGGAACAGCCCUGCAGAGCACAAGACGUUGAAUACAACGUGCCACCCGAAUAUCUGAUCAAUUUUGCGAUUAGAGAUAAGCUCACAGCGCCGGCAUUAAAAGUGCUGCAAGAAGAUCUGCUCUUUUUCCUCUUCUAUACAAACAUCGGCGAUAAAAUGCAAUUAAUGGCAGCUUCUGAAUUGCAUAGUCGCGAAUGGCGAUAUCAUGUGGAGGAGAAGAUUUGGAUAACUCGAAUUCCUGGCAUUAAUCAAUAUGAAAAAAAUGGUACAAAAGAGCGUGGCACCUUCUAUUACUUUGAUGCGCAAAGUUGGAAACGUUUGUCCAAGGUUUUCCAAAUAGAUGCCGAGAAAUUAGAUAAAUGUCCCAAUGUAAGUGCGUUUAUGAAUGGAAAGUCUGUAUAAUAAUAAUAAAAACGAAAAAAUUUAAAAAGUAAAACAAAA